AUGGCUAAAGCUUAUAGAAAAGAAGAUUUUGAAUAUAUUAUGUCAAAGGUUGCUAAGAUUGAUCAAAGAGUUAAGGAAUAUCUGGAGGAUGCUGGGUAUGAAAAAUGGUCUCGGUGUCACUCGCCUGUAAAUAGAAGUAGAAUGAUGACCUCUAAUAUAGACGAAUGUAUUAACGGUUUUUUGGUUGAAGCUAGAAAACUUUCUAUUUUAGGUUUCCUUAAAGAAGUUAGAAUUUUAUUUGUCGCCUGGAAUGGUAAGAAAAACGAAAUUGCAUCUUCCACCAAUACAACUCUUGAGAGAAGAUUUGAAGAAAUACUGACUCUUAAUAGGGUUAAAGCUUUGUGGAUGACGGUUAAGCCAGCAGCUUUUGUUGAUGAUGAAGAAGUUUUGCCGCCCAAAUAUAGAAGACCGCCUGGUAGUCCAAAAAAAGAAAGGCAUUUGAAAUUAAGUGAAUCACUAUCUUCAAGUUCAAACCGUUGA